UAGCAGUGAUUUCCUUUAGAGCCUGGCCUUAUCUCAGGCUGCACGUUGCCUGCUGGUGACUAAUAACACAAUAACAUUGUCUGGGGGUUGGAAUAAAGUUGGAGCUGUUUACCCCCGCUCUAUAGGGGUUCAAUAUAAAAAGCCGGCAAAGAGCUGUCCAAGUCAGACGCGCUUCUGCAUCUGCGCCUGGACCAGCAAGCGCGAGACAAGGUCUCGGGUCUCCCCUGCAGCUCCCGGGAGCCACCGCCACAGUGUGCGUCCUCUGAUCUCUUGCAGCCACUGUCUUCUCUCCAGGCAGAAACUUCUUUUUCUCCCUGUUAAAGGGCACUUAGGCUGAAAGAUCGCUUUGAGAUCUGGAUAACUAGAAGAGCUGCGAGGGAAUUUAAGCAGUUUUUCUUCGUUAUUCCUUCGGGUGUAGGUUGCAGGGGGAGGAUUUUGAGCCCCCCUUUCCAGCAUGGAUUAUUUCCCCAUGAUUUUCUCUCUGCUGUUUGUGGCUUUCCACGGAGCUCCAGAAACAGUGGUCUUGGGUGCAGAACUCAGCACAGAAUCGGAGCAAGGUGGGGAGCAGCCCUCCCCAAGUCCGCCCUGGAGGCCCCGCAGGUCCAAGCGCUGUUCCUGCUCUUCCUUGAUGGAUAAAGAAUGCGUUUACUUCUGCCACCUCGACAUCAUCUGGGUCAACACUCCUGAGCAUGUUGUUCCAUAUGGACUUGGAAGCCCUUUGAGGUCCAGGCGAUCCUUAAAGAAUUCAUUUCCUACAAAGGCAGCAGAUCACAGGAAUAGAUGCCGAUGUGCCAGCCAAAAAGACAAGAAGUGCUGGAAUUUUUGCCAAGCAGGAAAAGGGCUAAGACUCCAAGACACUAUGGAGAAAGAUUGGAAUAACCAAAAGAAAGGAAAAGACUGUUCCAAGCUUGGAGAUAAGUGCAUUUACCAGCAGCUAGUAGAAGGAAGAAAAAUAAGAAGGUUGGAGGCCAUCAGUAACAGCAUCAAAACAUCUUUUCAUAUUGCUAAGCUGAAAACUGAGCUCUACAGAGAGAAAAAAGUAACCCACAACCGAACACACUGAUUGCAGAAGGUCUGGGGCUGUCUGAAGCCUUGACUGCCACAGAGAGGGUCAUGCAGCUGGCUGGCUAUUCAUUCUCUAGACACUGGCUGGGAUCGGAGUAAAAACAUCCUAUCAAUUUAGAUAAUUUCUUAUUCCAGACUGGCAAAGGACAACAGUCCUUGUUCUAGACAUUCCAACAAAGGUUAAGGAGUCUGUCAACCUUUCUUCAUUUGCUUCUGUCAAUGGUAACUGCUGUUGUCUCUCCUCAAGAGUGCCAUGAACCACUUAGAGAGAGCAGAAAAGCACAGUAUCUUGUGAAUUAGGGUGGCAUCUUCUGGAGGGAGGAACAGAGACUUCACAUGCCUGUGGGGUUCCUGAAGAGGAUCCUAAGAGAGUGUUUGUGUUUCAGUCAGGUGCUUACUACAUUUCAGGGGUAAGCUCAAAAGUCCUCACAUUUUUUUUUUUAAAGAAUGUACAACCUGAAAACACACUUAAAGGACAGACACUCAAGUUACAAAAAAAAAGGGGGGGCUUUGUUUUUUGAUUCACAAAAUGCAAAACUGAAAGAUACUAUUACUACUGUAAAUUAGAAUGUGUUUCAUGAAUAUGCGUCUACCUCACCUCUUUGUACUCAAGUGGAAGUAUUUCUUACCUUUAAUUAUUGCCUCCUCAAACUCCCUCCUGCCACAGCUUCCUCACAAAACUUCAUACUAAAGCUUAGCCUAAUGGAAGCAUGGUUUCAUGUAUCAGUAAUAGAAACAGCAUUUUCAUGGGUAUCUACUCAAUCUUAUCUACAACAACAAGAAAAAAAAAAACAGAAACAAAAACAAACAAGAUCUUUGUGUCAGGAGAUUCCCUUGCCUUGUUUUUUUUGAGAUGCAAUGGUAUAGAGAUACUAAAAUGUAUGUGUUGGUUAUGCUUUAAAGUGGUAAAAAUUGUUUUCCAUAAUAUAACUGGCUAAUGGAAGAAGUUGGAUUAAAUUUUGAUGUACUUAUUUUUUAUAGAUAUUUAUAUUCAAACAACUUAUUCCUUAUAUUUACCAUGUUAAAUGUGUUUGGGCAGGCCAUAUUGGUCUAUGUAUUUUUUUAAAAAUGUAUUUCUGAAUGAAAUUGAGAAAAUGCUUUGUUUUGCCUGUCAAGGUAAUGACUUUAGAAAAUAAAUAUUUUUUCCCC